GGCGAGGUCAUUGCAGGGACCAGUCGGUGUAUAUAACCAUAACCGCCAACGCCAACCAGGGCAAAACCUGCUCGGUGAGCGAUCGAGGCCGCACAUCAUUACUCUCUUACCAGAAGUCCGGGGAAAUUGUUAUCAGCACCGAGAUAUUGCCGGGUGGUGUCAUGGGUCUGAGACGGCUUCUGACCCCGGCGGCGCUGCCGCUGUUCUGCGCUCUUCUGCUCGGCGUUUGUCCGGUCCGUUCGCAAGGUCCCGAAUUCUGGAAUGACCAGGCGCAACUCACCCUACGCAAAGCUCUUCACCGCCAGCGCACGCUCAACACAAACGUGGCCAAGAACGUGGUUUUCUUCGUAGGUGACGGUAUGGGGAUCUCCACUGUGACGGCGGCCCGGAUCCUCAAGGGGCAACAGGCCGGCAACCCGGGGGAAGAGACGGUGCUCGCUUGGGAGGACUUCUCGAGUCUUGGGCUAUCUAAGACCUACAGUGUGGAUCGUCAGACUGCCGACUCCGCCGCCACGGCCACUGCGUUCUUCAGCGGCGUCAAAUCCAACGACGACAUGGUGGGACUAGACGACAGAGCCAAGGUCGGCGACUGCGCUUCAACCUUCAACGCCUCGGCCGAGUCCUUCCUAACCUUGGCCCACAAAGCAGGUAAGGCCACUGGUUUCGUGACCACGUCCCGCGUGACCCAUGCCACACCUGCCGCCCUUUAUGCCCACUGCCCGGACCGUUACUGGGAAGACGACGAGGAUGUGCCGUCUUACGAGCGGGCGCUGGGCUGCACCGACAUCGGCUCACAGCUGGCAGAGAACGGUAAAGAUUUUGAGGUGAUUAUGGGAGGAGGCAGACGCGAGCUAACCAGCAGGGAUUUCAUCGAUCCGGAAUAUCCGGAAAAGGACGGACACCGCGAGGACGGCCGUAACAUUAUAAACGAGUGGCUGCUCAGCAAACCACAAGACCGCAGCAAAUACGUCUGGAACCUAGAUGACUUUAACAAGGUCGAUCCAAAUGAAACGGACCAUCUGAUUGCCCUAUUCGAGAGGAGUCACAUGCACUUUGAAAUCGAACGCGCGGAUGAUGAGGGUGGGGAGCCCUCUCUCGCCGAGAUGACGGAGAAGGCCAUCAAGAUACUGCAGAAGGACCCGGAUGGUUUCGUCCUCGCUAUAGAAGGCGCCCGCAUCGACCACGCCCAUCAUGACGGCACGGCCCGGCUGGCCCUCCUGGAGACGCUCUCAAUGGAAGAGGCCGUUGCCAAGGCGAUGGAGCUGACCAAUGAGGAGGACACUUUGGUCAUCGUGACGGCCGACCACAGUCACACCUUGACGAUCGGCUCCUAUGCGGACCGCGGCAACCCCAUCUUAGGACUCUCUGGUUAUGAAGGCGAGGACGACCUACCGAUCCCAACGCUAUUGUACGCAGGCGGUCCGGGCGGAGAGCUGGAGAUGAGGAGCUACAAUCGCACGGGGGCCAGGAGGAACCUUAACAACAUAGACACCGAGGAUCUGGAGUUUAUUCAACCGGCCAUCAUUCCAGCCCAUGACGAGAGCCAUGGCGGCGAGGACGUAGCCAUCUACGCCAACGGACCCAUGUCGCAUCUGAUCCACGGCGUCCACGAGCAGAACUACAUCGCGCACGUCGUCCGCUACGCUGCGUGCCUCGACGACAGCAGGGAGAACUGUGAAGCGAGCAGCGCGCCCCCUAGCGGUAGCCUUAGCCUAGCAGUGGGCAUUACUACUUUUAUAUUGUCAACGAUAUUUAGUGUGUAAUUAAUUACGAAGGCUUAUAGGUAUAGACGUAUCUUUCAUAAGAUUUUCACGUGAUAUGUUAACAUUAAAUUGAAUCUUAAAGUACUAGUUAUUCGUCCUCGUGGAUAAACCCAAAGUUACAUUUAAAGGACAAUUAACAUAUCUUCGGGAUAUUGGGCAUGGAAUGUUUUGUUGGAAAAAGAACACACAGAGAAUGGUUUAUCAGCAAAACAUAAUAUAAAGUAUACACCUGUUUUUUGGCGACUGACUACCGAUUCCAAAGCUUUCGUGUACAUUUUAUUAUUUUACUUUAUCGUACUAUCUGGACCAAUUUGUAGCAUUGUAAAAAUACCUGAUAAGAACGGCAGUUAACAGGUUAACAAAAUAUAUAAUUAUAAUUAUGCCGAUGACCCCACAUUACGCUUUAUAUUCAUCGUUAUUGGUACAUUGUAAUUUAAUUACUUGAGUUGUACAAACUUACCUUUUGAUGUUCGAUAGUUCGAUCGACGUGGUUCCUCAGUAUUGGUAAAAUGAUUAUGUUUGGAUAUCCAACUAUGAUUAACCAAAAUUGGACCAACGUUUCCACCUCUUCUCAUUUACUUUUUCUAUAUUUAUAGAUAAUAAAUUUUCGUUAAAAAAA